AGGAACUCGCUCCUUUGGGAGGCUUUGGGUGAAAUGAGUAGCGGGGCUGCCGGGACCUUAAGCGUCAAUAAAACUGCGGAGUCCCCGGUUUCUGGAAGCGGUAAUAAAAGGAGGGAUUCCCUGGGGUCCGCGUCCUCGUGUCCUAUUUUUAAAGAUGUUGGUGAGAUAUAUUCCCGACUUCUGGACCACCGACCAGUUAUCCAAGGAGAAAUUCGUUAUUUCAUCAAAGAAUUUGAAGAAAAAAGGGGUCUCCGAGAAUUGCGGGUUCUUGAAAACUUAAACAACACAGUAUUUGAGGCAAAUGACAAGAUUUUGCCAAAAUGUGAAGAAGUAAUGCAUGGAAAUCUAAAUGAAAUAUUAAAGAGAUCUUCAGGCCGAGAAACUAAGGGCUGGUGAAGCCCGACGUAGAGCUGACUGGGAGGAAUUCAUGAAGGAGCAGCAUCGCCUGAAGACAAUGCUCAACGAAGAGCAUUCAAAAGCUAUGGAGCAUCUUAAAGAACAAUAUGCAGCUUUGGAGAAGGACCUCCCAAAACAGGCUCUCUAAGAAACUCUCUCCUGGCAUUUCCCGGCAGUUUUCAAGUUUCAGGAUUUCCAGCACAGUAUUAGAAUCUAGAUAAAAAAUAAUAGGGACCGAAACCAAAAAGUGCUACUUAGCAAUUGAAUUUGGUUUCUUGCACUGAAUGAUUGUUUCAAACACACACGCUAAAGGUUUGGCAGCAGCAGUAACAGUAUUGCACUUCAACAAACUAUGUUAAGUGCACAAUUUAAAGUCUAUUUACCAAAUGAACUAAUUAGGUAUGUUUUGUUUGAGUCCUUUCAAUGAGCCCUCCUGUUAUUUUCCCUGAAGAAUUCGCUUCGGUUGGAGGCAGGGAGGGUCAUAAUUAUGCGCAGACAUACAGCAAUGGCCUAACGUGUAGAGUAAUAACUGUAAAAGGCCACUUAACUUGGGAGUAUAAUAGCCUGAAGUCUAUGAAUGAAUUCUUUUAUGUUACUAAGGUUAUCAGGAUAAGUUUUAAAAACCUCGAGAAAGAAGUCAUUAUUGCACUGAAUUUGUUCUGACUGGAGAGAAUGGGAGGGUAUUAGGUUGGCUGUCUUUGAGGUAUGUAUUUAUCUUAUUAUUCCUGUGGGCCAUAACAAAUAAAUACUCUCGUAUGUUUAAUGGCCUGAAAAGCUCUGGAAUAGGGUUGUGUAGAUUCAAAGGCAGAGGUGGGUUCCUACCAGUUCGCACCUAUUUGGUAGAACCGGUUCGUCAAAUCUACCGAACCGGUUAAA